AGACUCCACUCACUCUGUUGUGUAGUUUUAUUUAUGUCCAAACAAGAAAAAACACAAGGAAAACUUUGUGAAAUUGGGCCUUUUUGAUCAAAUCAGACGGCUCACAAUCUUCCAAAUUUCCUCGUGUAACAUUGUUGUUUACCAUCGUUUACUUCAACUUUACCCUUCUCUCUCUCUCUCCAAACCUCGCAGCGCGUAUCUAGUUAUUAGAGAGAGGAAUUUUCCCGUCAAAUCGAAUUCCAACUUCCUAUAGUAAUUUUUUCUAGAUCUGUCGGUGCAUUCAUAUCGUAUCGCAUUGCUUCUGCGCGGAUCGAAGUGCUUGCUUUGUUCAGUUGUGUAGUUAUCUAGGGGGGAUCGAAUUGAAUCCAUGGCUCCAAGCACGCUGCGGAAGGCGAUCGGGGCGGUGAAGGAUCAGACGAGCAUCGGAAUCGCUAAAGUUGCUAGCAAUUUGGCGCCGGAGCUGGAGGUCGCCGUCGUCAAGGCGACUGGCCACGACAACGACCCCGCGUCCGAGAAGUAUAUAAGGGAAAUACUGCAAUUGACGACGUAUUCUCAUGGAUACGUGAGCGCUUGUGUUGUCUUAGUGUCGAAGAGAUUGGGGAAGACACGUGAUUGGAUUGUUGCCCUCAAGUGUUUGGUGCUCAUUCACCGUUUGCUCAAUGAGGGGGAUGUUGUUUUCCAGCAGGAGCUGAUGUAUGCUACUAGGAGGGGAACGAGGCUGUUGAAUUUGUCGGAUUUUCGCGACGAGGCUCAUUCGAAUUCAUGGGAUCAUUCGGCUUUUGUUAGGACGUAUGCUCUCUACUUGGAUCAGAAGCUUGAGUUGAUGGCUUAUGAGCGGAAGCAGGGUGGGAAGGGAGGUGAGGUCGACAGAUUUGGGGGUCGAGAUGGCAGAUCUAAUUAUCGUUCGCCUCCUGAAUCGAGCAGCAGGGGCCGUGAUUAUGAUUAUGGUAGGGAUGAUAGACCUGGUUAUCGUUCUCCUCCUGGAUCAAACAGGGGUUAUGAUCAUGAUGUCAAUGGAUACCGUGAUGAGCCAAAUAAUGGAAUGCGCAGAUCAAGGUCAUCGGGUGAUGUAAUAGAGUCGACAAAUGACAAGAAAGAUGCUACUCCAUUGAGGGAAAUGGCACUGGAGAAGAUUUUUGGGAAGAUGGGCCAUAUGCAGAGGCUGUUGGAUCGGUUUUUGGCUUGUCGUCCCACGGGAUUGGCAAAGAACGAGCGAAUGAUUUUGGUGGCUCUGUACGCCAUAGUGAAGGAGAGUUUCAAGCUGUAUGCUGAUGUGUGUGAGGUUUUGGCAGUGCUUCUGGAUAAGUUCUUUGAUAUGGAGCAUCAAGAUUGUAUAAAGGCCUUUGAUGCAUACGCGAGCUCUGCAAAGCAGAUUGACGAACUGAUUGGAUUCUAUAACUGGUGCAAGGAUAUUGGUGUGGCACGAUCCUCAGAGUAUCCAGAAGUGCAAAAAAUAACUGACAAAUUACUCGAGACUUUGGACGAGUUUGUGAGGGAUAGGGCAAAGGCAGUGAAGAGUCCUGAGAGGAAGGUUGAGAGUCAGGCAAAGCCACAGGAGGAGCAAGUGCAGGAUAUGAAUGAGGUUAAAGCACUGCCACCUCCUGAGAACAUAACCCCCCCAGUGCCAGCUGAGCCCGAGCCUCCUAAGCCUGCAGUUCAGGCGGCUGCAGAUUUGGUAGAUUUGAGGGAAGUGACUGCAGAUGAUCAAGGCAACAAGCUAGCACUGGCAUUGUUUGCUGGACCUGUUGCAAACAACGGGAAUGGCUCGUGGGAGGCUUUCCCAUCGAAUGGAGAGGCAGAGAUGAGUUCUGCGUGGCAGAAUCCAGCUGCUGAGGCCGGGAAGGCUGAUUGGGAGCUGGCUCUGGUCGAGUCCGCUAGCCAUUUGUCCAAUCAAAAGGCUGCAAUGGGUGGUGGAAUGGAUUCAUUACUCUUGGAUGGCAUGUAUGAUCAGGGGAUGGUUCAACAUCAUACAAGCACUACCAAGAUGAGUGGUGGCAGUGCCAGCAGCGUAGCAUUGCCCGGUUCUGGGACAAGCAAAACUCCCGUACUAGCACUCCCCGCACCUGAUGGAACGGUCCAGACAUUUGGACAAGACCCGUUUGCUGCAUCAUUGAGUAUUCAACCCCCUGCGUACGUGCAGAUGGCUGAUAUGGAGAAGAAGCAGGGUCUGCUCACGCAGGAGCAGAUGGUAUGGCAACAAUACUCCAGAGAAGGCAUGCAAGGCCAAACCAGUUUCGCUAAGAUUGGCACGGCCGGGUAUUAUGGUCCGGGUAUGCAGCCCAAGAUGCCUUAUGGAAUGCCACCAGUAAACGGAUCGGGAGUCCCACCUGCCGGGUACACUUAUGCUCCUUUCUAAAAAUUUUGAUAUAUGUCACCAUACAGUAGUAGAUUACAUAAUUUCUUUCAGUUUUCAUGAUAUUCCAAUGUAUUUUAUGUGGUUUAAUUCCAACUGCAUGACUUUGAGAAAAAGAGAGAUGAUUAGCAUCUGUGGGGGAUUCUGCUGUGCAUGGAAUCCUAUAAUCCAGUAAUUGUAUCUCUCCAUCUUUGUAAACUUGUUUGAUGACAUUAAUAGUUUAAUACAUAUAUAUAUA